AUUGCAUACCCUCACGACAGCAUUUGGUAAUCUCGCUGGGUUUGGGGGUUGUCAUUGCUGUUAAUAUUAUUAUUAGUAUUACAGCAUUACUGAAGGUUACCCGCGGCAGGACCGACCUCGGAGUGACUCAUCGAAAUCUUUUUUUUUUCAUUCAAGUAUCGCCAUCGUCAUCGUCCAAACCCCACAACUUCCUCUGAAAUUAUAUCCUCAAUCGUUUUCUUUCUACCGUAUUGUUAUCCAUCGGCCUCGCAUAUUCUUCGUGUUCUUCUCUCGAAGAGACCUGACAUUGUUUUGUCUCCUCUCCUUCACCCCACUUGCCCACUAUGCCUAUGCUCAAGGACCCUUCGACGAAAUACAAGCGAUCCCAACCCAUCAAGCUACCAAACCGCCAAUGGCCUGAUAAAACAAUCGACAAGCCCCCUCGGUGGCUGGCCACCGAUCUGAGAGAUGGAAAUCAGAGCUUGCCCGACCCCAUGGACGGCGACCAAAAAUUCCGCUUUUUCAAGAUGCUUGUCGAUAUCGGCUACAAGGAAAUCGAAGUCGCUUUCCCGUCCGCCUCGCAAACGGACUUCGAUUUUACUCGUCGCCUGAUCGAAACCCCCGGCGCUACUCCCGAUGACGUCUGGCUGCAGGUCCUGUCACCUUGCCGUGAGGAUCUCAUCCGUCGAACCGUUGAAUCCCUGAAGGGCGCCAAGAAGGCUAUCCUGCACAUCUACCUCGCCACCAGCGAAUGUUUCCGCCGAAUUGUAUUCGGAAUGUCUAAGGAGCAGAAUCUGGAGAUGGCGGUGCGCUGCACAAAAUACGCACGGUCCAUUACUAAAGAUGACCCGAACAACACCACGGAAUGGCAAUUUGAAUUCUCCCCGGAGACCUUCUCGGACACUGAGCCCGAGUUUGCUGUCACGAUUUGUGAGGCUGUGAAGGCCGCUUGGGGUCCCACUGAGGAUAACCCCAUUAUUUUCAAUCUCCCUGCCACAGUCGAGAAGUGGACACCGAAUGUGUUUGCAGAUCUGAUUGAGACUUUCUGCACAAACAUGACUGAGAGGGAAAAGUUCGUGGUUUCCGUACACCCGCACAACGACCGCGGCUGUGCUAUUGCUGCCGCCGAAUUGGCUCAGAUGGCGGGCGCUCAGCGUGUGGAGGGUACCCUGUUCGGAAACGGCGAACGGACAGGAAACGUUGACCUUGUUACCCUGGCCCUCAACCUUUACACUCAAGGGAUAUCGCCCAACGUUGAUUUCUCCGAUAUCAACUCGGUUGUCAAGGUCGUGGAGGAGUGCAACAAGAUUCCGGUGAAUGAGCGGUGGCCAUAUGGUGGUCAGCUCGUUGUCUGCGCAUUCAGCGGGAGCCAUCAGGAUGCAAUCAAGAAAGGUUUCAAGCUCCGCGAGUCCAAGGGUGCGAAGAAGGAAGACGAAUGGGAGAUCCCAUAUCUUCCUUUGGACCCCGAGGAUAUUGGACGAACAUACGAGGCCGUCAUCCGCGUCAACUCCCAGAGCGGCAAGGGUGGUGCUGCUUGGGUCAUCCAGCGUACCCUGGAACUUGAUCUUCCACGCUCGCUCCAGGUCGAGUUUAGUAAGAUCGUCCAGCAGCGCACGGAAGCUGUCAACCGGGAACUACGCCCCAGCGAAAUCGCAGAACUUUUCCAAGAGUCCUAUCACCUCAAAUCCAACCCACGCUUCAACCUAAUCGACUACGAUAUCACCACGGAUCGAUCAACAACACCCGGACCCGCAGAGCCCGGAAAGGCGGUUAACACGAAGAAUCUCAAGCGCCGCUUUACCGGUAUUAUCGAGAUCGACGGUAUUCAGCACGCCAUCACUGGAGUUGGCCCUGGUGCCAUCUCCUCGCUUGCAAACGCUCUCUCCACCCUUUCCAUUGACCUUGACGUUGUUGACUACAAGGAACACUCCAUUGGUUUGGGCAGGGACGUGAAGGCAGCGACAUACAUUCAGUGCACCUCGGCUGGUAGCAAGGAACAGGUCUGGGGUGUUGGUAUUCACCAGGAUGUUGUCCAAGCCAGUUUGAUCGCUUUGCUUAGCGCUGCUAGCUCGUUCCUCACUUCUCGUGCUGGCUCCCCUGCACCGUUCCGUCCUAUUCGUUCAUACGCCCUCUCAGAUGAAGAUCUGGAAGCCCUUGACAGGAUUUCUCGUCCGAACAGAAACAACGGUUCCGCAAUUGAGGUACCUAAUGGUCCGGCAAAGCCCAAAGUCAACAUUGAUGAAUUGGAAAGGCAAGCAGAGAAGCAGUAAAGCGCUUAAAAAUAAAUAUUUCUUUCGGGGUUUCGAAAAAAUGUAACUUGGGAUAUUAUCCAGUGCCAUUGAACCUUUUACCAACUGGAUAUUCUUUAUGAGACAAAAGGGAAGGAAACAAAAUAAAUGGCCGUCAUUAGGUACUGGUCUUAAAAGCAAAUAUUGUACAGUGGCUCUAUGCGUAAUUAAAUACCAUCA